AUGAAGCCAUUUAUAACUGGGCACGAGGAGUUGAUUCAUGACAUUAAAUACGAUUUUUAUGGUAAACAUAUAGCAACAUGCUCAUCAGAUCAACAUAUUAAAGUGUUCGACUUGGACUCAUCCACUUCGACAUGGGUUCUAAACGACCUGUGGAAAGCACAUGAUUCUCUGAUAGUGAAGCUUUCGUGGGCACACCCAGGAUUUUCUAGUAGUAAGAUACUUGCAUCGUGUUCGUAUGAUCGAACUGUGAAGAUUUGGCAAGAGCAACCAGAGGAGUUGCAUGGGUCUGGUAGAAGAUGGAUAAAAUUAGCUACAUUGGCAAUCGAGUCAUACGGACCCAUUUACGAUGUGGUAUUUGCACCUAACCACUUAGGGUUGAAAUUGGGGUGUGUGGGACUGGACGGUAUAUUUCGAAUUUAUGAAUCGUUAGACCCAUCUGACUUGACUAAUUGGGUACUUACAACUGAAAUACCAAUACUAAGCGAUCUGUUACCAGCGAAGAGUUUACAGAGUAGUUUUGGUAUCGAAUGGUGUCCAGCUAAGUUCACCAAGACGGAGAAGUUUAUAAUUGUGGCCUUGGACCAAGGCUUUAUAUAUGGCACGGCGCCGAGUAAUCAGCUGUAUGACGAGGACGUAUUAGGUGACUUUGGAUCCGAUGCAGACCAGAGCUCUAUAGGUAGCCACUCGAACAGCAAGGUGAUAAAACUAUGCGAUUUGCCCGAACAUAAUGGGUUGAUAAGGUCGGUAAGCUGGGCACCAUCAAUGGGUCGCAAUUAUCACUUAAUUGCUACAGGCUGUAAAGAUGGGUAUGUAAGGAUAUUCAAGGCUGUAGAGUCUGCAACUGGUGAAUUGAAAAUAGAGACGCUAGCAAAAUUGAAUGAUCAUAAGCUGGAGGUGUGGCGAGUUAACUGGAAUUUGACUGGGACAAUUUUAAGUUCGGCUGGCGACGACGGGAAGAUUAGAUUAUGGAAAUGCAAUUAUUUGAAUGAGUGGAAAUGUAUGAGUGUUAUUAGUAGUAGCAAUAGACUGAGUAAUAGGGAAGUACAAGAAGAGCCAUUAGGCAAAAAUGCCACUACAAAUGCAAGAAUAAACUAA